AUGCGCUACUCAACCGUUUUCUCUGUCCUUGUCGCCGCUGCGACCGCGGCACCGGCUUUGGCACUGCCCAUCAGCCUUUGGUCCCGCGCAGCAGAUGAUGAGUCGCUGUACGAGCGCAGUCUGGCGGACGACUUCUGGGCUCGCGAUGUGAUGCCCAGGGGCCCUCCCCGCCCGCUGCCGCCAACGCCGCAGCCGAAGCCGAAGCCGCGCCCACUUCCCCCGCGCCCUCUCCCCAAGCCGCCUCGGAGUCUGAGCGACUCCGAGUUCGAGGAACGUGACUUUGACGAGGACUCCCUCUUUGAACGCUCGUUCGACGACGAGGACAUCUUCUGGACCCGCGAUGUGAUGCCCAGGGGUCCUCCCCGCCCGCUGCCACCAACGCCGCAGCCGAAGCCGAAGCCACGACCUCUUCCUCCCCGCCCGCUCCCCAAGCCGCCACGCAGCUUGGACGAGUUGGAGGAGCUGUUGGCUCGCGAGUUCGAGGAUGAGCUGUUUGCGAGGUCGAUGGAGAUCGACGAGUUGGAUUGA